AUGGAAAGAGCACGCCGACUUGCGGUUUUCGGCUUCGGUACAGCCAGACAGCGAGAGAUUGAAGCCAGAGAGCACACAACUAAGGCUCUUAGAUUACCACACAGCCUUAAACACCUGGAGACGCCAGAAAGCGGAGAGAAAAAUACGCUUUUGAUAAAGAAUUCAUCUAACAAUAUUAUGAAGAAUCCUGCAAGCAAAGGAUCACUAGAGAUUCCCGCCGAGCAAAUAAUCACAACAAAUUUAACUCCACCAGAGGCAGAGGUGGUGGAAGGGAAACCAAUGGAUAUAGAGGACGGCGUCCUUUUUUAUCCAACAAAGGGAGAGGACAAGGCAACUGGACACUGUCGAGAGGACACCAGCCCAGCAAUUUCCAAGAGUCCACUCCCAGAUCAACCCCAAACGACAGCAGCAACUACAGUCAUCAAUAGACAAACAAGCGAUUCAACAUCGACCCCCAACACAGAAACCAUCACAUUACUCAAUUCCACUAGACGGGAUAUUGUCUGGAGGAAGGCUCCAACACUUCAAGAAACAUUAGAAAGACAUGACAACGCAUACGUGACCAAUAUCAGUAGUGGAGACAGACUACACAUUGCAAUUUACCAGAACUCUGUCACCAUGGUGAGCCAAACCCUUGAAGAUGGACUCCAACGAACAAACCGAGACUUUCUCUCCACCUUUUUUACCAUCCAGGAAGCGACCAAAUGUCGACCAAUCCUAAAUUUUACAGCACUGAAUCAAUUCUUGCAAAUCCAACAUUUCAAAAUGGAGAGUAUCCCGGCAUUGAGAGACAUCAUCGAGAAAGAAGAUUAUAUAUGCAAGAUCGAUAUCAAGGAUGCGUAUGUAGUGGUGCCGAUACACAAGGACUUCCAGCCAUAUUUGACAUUUGAAAACAAUAAUAUCGUACGACAUCUGCGUAUUGGAGAAGUCAAAGGAACAGAUGCAACACUCCAUACAGAUCCUAACAACACAUCUGGAGAGGUUAGGCUUUUUGAUAAACAGUCAAAAGAAUGUACUAGAGCCGAAGACGAUUCAGGAAUACCUCGACUUCUCAUUCAGUACAAAGACGAUGACUAUUUCACUGCCCACUAUAAAGAUGACGGCCGUGAUCCCGGCGAUAAGAGAAACCCUCCUUCAUAUACGACAUUUGCAAAGAUACCUGGUCAAGAACUUACAGUUAAACCGCAAAAAAUGGGACAAGCCAUGUCCAUUGUCGACACAAGCGCAAGAAGAAUUAGCGUGGUGGAAGACCUACCUAGUACCAAAGAAUGGUCUGUCUAUUCACAAGAUACAGUUCCAGGAACCCCAACCGAAAAUUUACAUGGAUGCCUCAGACGUAGGAUAGGGAGUAGCCUCAGACAUGGUGCAAACCACAGGGUAUUGGACUUCCGCAGAAAAAGACGAAUCCAUCAACGUGAAAGAGUUGAAGACGAUAUAUUACGCCAUCCUCAUACACUCGAGAAAGCUAAAACACACCACACUCAAGAUUUACAGCGACGACAUGGCAGCGUUGAAAUACCAUCAGUUACAAAUAUAAUACGAACAUCUCUCGGGGGUCCUCAAUGUGAAAGCACAUCAAUUGAGCCAGCCGAAGAAACCUCUAUACGAAUCAACGAUUCCUCGGGCAUUUUUUCACCAAUUACAGCGCACAUGGGGAUCCAUACUAGAAAUAAAUGCGUUUGCAGCAGCACACCCCCAUCAACUUCCGAAAUACUGGAGCUUCCGGGAGGAUCCGUUUACGAGUGCGGUGGACGCCUUCAGCCAAAACUGGAAACAGAAGGAUUUGUAUAUGUUCCCGCCAUGGAAAUUAAUUUCGAGAGUACUUUAAAAGAUGAAGCUCGACAAGGCGAAGGAAGCCAUUCUGGUGACACCUUUAUGGAAGAGAAGACCGAUGGUAUGAAUGUAGAUAUGAUCAACCACCUUAAUAAGGCUACCAGAUCCAGCACCAACAAGAUCUAUGGCACAGCUUGGCGAAAAUACGCAGAAUGGCGUACAAUACACAAACGCAACCAAGAACAGUACAGUCCUCCACAAGUGCUACAAUUUCUCCUAGCAUUCAAUAAUAUAUAUUACUCGACCUUGGAUGGAUACCGUACUGCGAUCGCCCCAGUUCUAAAUGUACUUUAUCCGAAUCACACUCCAAUAGCAGACGUCCCAGAGGUGGUCCAAUUCUUUAAAGCAAAAAUAAGAUCGGAAGUAGCUAUCCCAAAGGAUUCUCAACUGGAAAGUGGGAUAUUAAUAUCUUAA